UUCUAACUUGAACUCCAGUGAAACACUUUUAUUAACUGCCUCUACUGACAUAAAAUAAGCUCACAAAAUGAGACAGAAAUGUUUCCUCAGAGUUUAAAGGAGUUUCUAUCUUCAGUUAACGGAUGAAUGGGAGAAAAUGUUUCUCUUUUGCAGCACAUUUCCUCCUCUGGGGGCUUCCCACCUGUGGAGCCCCCAGAGGUUGGUUCUCCCUCUCAGCAGGAGUCCACUGAUCGGCCUCCUCUCACCGGAGUUCUGGUCCCGUCACAGCUUUUUAUGGAGGAGGAGGGGCCACGCUUUCUUUCCGGUUGGUGUUUGCUGAUAGAUAAGUAUAAGACCCCCCCAUACAAGAAUGCCAUCACUGGGGAAGAAACCAAGUCUUGCGUCUCCUCUCGGCAGCUUCAACAUGCAGCUGGUGGUUCUGUGCGUCCUGCUGGCAUCCUUCUGGACCGGCUGUGCAGGUUCUGGAGUUGAAAGCUUUCUCUACGAUCCAGUUUCACGAUGGAAAGCUGAUGACCAAUAACUUCAGACCGGUGCAGCCCCUCAAUGGCCGGCAGGUGUUCUACUCGGGAGGCGCUGUGGUCCUGGUCAGUUCGACUCUCCUCAUGGCGGCUCUGGUCACAGCGUUGGGCCUGACCCAGUGGAACUAGAGCGAGGCAUCCCGUGCUGCACUGCGACAUCCAUGAACACAAACAGAUCUGCAUCCAUCCUCAGCUGAGCUCUUGUUUCUUACAUCCUUUUCACGCUGCUCCUAAGGUGAUGGACCACGUCGUAGUGCAGGGAAUGGUCACAUGGUGGGUUUUUUUUACCCUUACAACACAAAUGACAAAAGUGUUUGAGGAAAGCCUUAUGAAAGGUGC